AUGUCUGCAAAUGCAUCAUCUGACCUGUUUCUAUCACUGGAGAAGCUGGAUUUACCUAAUGCAUAUAUCUACCCAGCCUUUUUAUCUGGGCUUUUAACAUAUAUAUUCAUCAUGUUUUGCAACUUGUUGGUGUUAGUGGCUAUUGCUGCAAGUAAGAAGUUACACAAACCCAUGUUCAUCCUGCUGUUCAACUUGCCAGUCAGUCACAUGAUAACUGCAACAGCUUUUUUCCCUCACUUUGUUUUGAGCAUUGUGACAAAGCGAAGACUCAUCCCCCCUCCUGCGUGUAUUACUCAGGCGUUUCUGGUUCAUCUCUGUGGUACAGGAAACUUGCUGAUCUUAAGCGCUAUGGCAUAUGACAGAUAUGUUGCAAUAUGUCGUCCUCUGAGGUAUAAUGCAGUCAUGACUCCCCAUAAUUUAGUUAAAAUUAUAAUUCUAAUAUGGUUUAUUAGUUUUUCUCUGAUUUUUACUUUGAUAAUGCUGGUUGCACAGUUUAAACUUUGCAGAACAAACAUAGUGGAUCUCUACUGUAACAAUCCAUCGCUGGUAAAACUGGUGUGUGAGGACACCAGGGUGAAUAAUUAUUAUGGAAUACUCGUUAUAUUUAUAGUACAAGGUGGUUCGUUUUUAAUCGUAAUAUACAUGUACACGCAGAUCUUGUACACUUGUUUAAAGACAAAUCAGUCUGAUGCUCAGAAAAAAGCCAUUCAGACAUGUGGCUCACAUUUAGCCGUGUUUUUAAUCUUACAGAUAAAUACUACCUUCACACUUGCAGCUCACCGGAUUAAAAAUGCGUCCCCUUACAUUAGGAGGGCCCUCGGUGUAUCAGUUUUAAUUUUCCCCCCUAUUCUUGACCCCAUUAUAUAUGGACUGAAAAUUACAGAACUGAAACAGGCCAUAGUAAAGUUUUUAGGGAGAAGUUUCAAGUCGUAG